AUGACAAAUACAGGUGUAUUUCAUUUGGAUAUGCCAGAUGCCCCCAAUUAUGAUGAUAGCGAAGAAAACUCUCAUGACUUUGUUCCGUUUAAUGGGGGAGUUGAGGAUGAGUUUCUUGAACGCGGCCCACUGAAGCCAGAAGAGUUGAGUGAAGAUGUGAAAACUGUAGAAAUCUGCGAGGAAACGGUAAAUCCGGGUCAACCUAAGGUCAGGCCUCAUGACUUUCAACUUCUCAAAGUUUUGGGAAAAGGCGGGUAUGGGAAGGUUUUCCUGGCAAGAAAAAAUGAUACUGGCCAAACCUAUGCCAUGAAGGUGUUGAAGAAAGCCUCAAUUGUAACGAACGCAAAAGAUACAGCUCACACAAAAAGUGAAAGAAAUAUCCUCGAAAUGAUCAAACAUCCAUUCCUAGUCCAGCUACACUAUGCCUUCCAAUCCCCUGGGAAGCUUUAUCUAGUCCUCGAAUUUUUAGCUGGAGGUGAACUUUUUAUGCAGCUGGAAAAAGAGGGUGUAUUCAUGGAAGAUCAGGCUAGUUUUUAUUUGGCAGAAAUCACACUUGCCAUUGGCCAUCUUCAUUCGAUGGGCAUUGUUUAUCGGGAUUUAAAGCCUGAAAAUGUUCUUUUAGACCAUGAAGGUCACGUGAAACUUACAGACUUUGGUCUUUCUAAAGAGAGGGUUGAUCGUGAUAAUCUGACUCAUACAUUCUGUGGGACUAUUGAAUAUAUGGCUCCCGAAAUACUUCUACGUCAGGGUCAUGGAAGAGCAGUAGAUUGGUGGAGUCUCGGCACACUUAUGUAUGACAUGCUAUCUGGAUCUCCUCCUUUCACGGGUGAUGAUAGAAGACAGACUAUUGACCUGAUACUACGUGGUGAUUUUGUCCCUGUACCUUAUUUGAGUCGUGAAGCUGUGUCACUUAUAUCCAAGCUGUUAGUUGUGGACGUCAGCAGGCGUCUGGGCUCUGGACCAUCUGACUCAGAGGCAAUAAAAAUGCAUCCGUUUUUCCGCAACACUGACUGGGAUCGUGUACUGAAAAGACAAGUUGAGCCGCCGUUCCGACCUACUUUAACAUCUGAUACAGAUGUUUCCCUUUUUGACCCCAAGUUCACCCAAGAAAAUCCUGUUGAAAGUCCUGAUGAAGGUUUACCAAUAUCUGCAAUGGUUUCGGAUGUGUUUGAAGGAUUUACUUAUGUUGACCCACAAAUUCACAUUGAUAUGGCCCGUGAUCCUUGGGUAUCUACCUGGCAAAGCAGUUCGCGUUCGCGUCGACGAUCUGGAUUGUCCUCUAGCAGUUCGCCGGGCUACGUUGGGCAUACUAUUAUGGCUAAUACUAGUACUCUUAUGCAAGGAACUGAUAUGCCACAUGUCGGGACCCCUCAUCCAGAACAGUUGCAGUCCACUUUACCUACUCAUAUGCCAAAUACUAUUCAAACAUCAAUUCCGACGCAAUCACAACAGCCGUUUGUUUUCGCUGAAGAUUUUGAAGAUAUGGACGUUGGUAGUACCAGCAUGACAUUUGGGAACAACUCAGCUGGUUGUUCAGCUGCUGUUGACACUGUUAAUAUACCCACAGACAAUUCCAGACUUAUGCAUGGCUUUCCUUUCGUAGGUGGACAUCGAACAGAAAACAGCCGUCCAAUGGAGACUGGUAACUGUGAAACUUAUUCUACACGCCCGGGUGAACAUGUCAAUGGCGUGGUCACAAAACCACUUGACACUCGUUUAAUGCAUCCAUCUAGUUCAGCUGCUGCUCAGGCUUCGGCGCUUGCUGCAGUUGCUCUUGCUACUUCAUCCCGUUUGGCAGGUUCUUCUGUACACACGUUUCCUACAGUUACUUCAUAUAAUUCUCCACUUCGACCUCUCAGGAAGAUGAAGCGAUCGUUUUGCGAGGAUACAAAUCCGAAUCAUAUAUCAUGCGGAUCUACCUCAGAGUUAGAUUCAACCCCUAGUAGCUGUAAACGUUUGAUCUCAGCUGCGUCUGAACCUGUCUCCUUCAUUCGCAUCACUUCUUUGGAGGAGCUAGACAAGCGGGCAUUGCAACUACAGAAUAAAAAGCUUUGGGAAGCUUUGAUGGAACGUCGUGCUGCCAUUGCUGAGCUGAAAGAACGUAUCGAACAUUUAGAAAACCGUCAAACUAAGGAUGACGCUCUGCUUUGCGUGGUCAAUCGCUACUGGAACCAGUUGGACGAAGAUAGCUUGAUAUUGUUGCAACGUUUCGACUCAGAUGCUGCUGAAGAAGAAAUUUCAACGUCCACAGAGUCAUUUCUGAAACAGUUGGCUUCAUGGGACAAAGAAGAAGUUCCUGACAAACUUCAAGAACGGGUGCAUUUCUCCAAACGAAUUAUUGCCCGUCUCCUCGCCACAUAUGAAAAAAUGGUUAUUCAUCAAAAUCGAAUGCGUCAGCUACUUGGGAGCUCAGCUGAAGGAAAAUCUGUAGCAUCUGAAACUGAUAACAUACCGACUCAUUCUGGUUCUUCAGUUCCUUUUAACUCAUGCAGUACUGUACCACCUUGUGAAGCUGAUGCCAGUACUCAUUCAACUGCUUCUUCUCAAGGACCUGUUCCAGUCUGCGAUAAACUUUGUUUGAAAGAUCUACAAGAGGAAAUCUCACUUCUAAACAAAGAGAAUGGCCGUCUUCAAACUCUUUGUACUAAUUUGCAUGCAAAACAUAGACAGAGUAUUCUUCGGCUACGUGAAUUACAAGAUUUAGCUCAAACUAACAGUGACUCUGCAGCAGAAUGGCAAGCUAAAUAUGAGGAUUUAGAUUAUAAACUUGCAGAAGCUAUGAAGCAGGUUACUCGUUUGGAUCAUCGCUUGUAUGAAGCUCAGGAACAAAAUAAAAAGUUGGAAGUGGAAUUAGCAGCUCUUAAAUGUUCAGACUCUCCAGGUCGUGAUGAUCCUUCAAAUAGCGGUGGAUCAGUUACUAAAAACAAGUAUAAUGAUUUAGCUUGUGAACUAGAGGAAUAUCGUGAGCUAUCAAAUAACCGUAUGAGCGAAUUGGAACGUCUUCAGCGCCAUUUAGAAGACAAAGUGGCUGAGUGUGCCUCACUCAAUAUGCAGCUGCGGGAUAUUCCUGAAAAUAUCAUCUUAGAUUCUCCACAGUACGUUUCCCUUAAAACUCAGUUCAACAUUUUGUACAACGAAGCUAUUCACCUCAGAAGUCAGUUAGAAGAAGCCAGAAAUACUAUUCAAAAUAAUAGACACAGUCAUUUGAAACAGAUAGAAGAAAUGGAGACCAAUGAAGCUGCCAUUCAAAAUCAAAUGCGGUCUGAAAUGCUGCUAAUAGAAGGCCAGUAUUCCCAACUAAGGCAUAAGUAUGAAACUAUGGAACUUGAUUUCAAACAGGCAUUAACGCAUAAUGAACAAGCAGGUCCUAUUAGCUGUGAAAUGCGCAGUCUUAUUUCUACAUUGCAAACACAAAAUAAACAAUUGAAAGCCGAAGUUGCUCGGUAUCGUCGUAAAUGUGAAGAAGCUGUACAGGAACGUGAGCUGAUACGCACUGAUUUGAAAUGCACAGAGGACGAGUUGGCACAUGUUCGUACGGCACUUUCGGAGGCUACUGCGGCUGUUAUUGCUGCUAGCGAAAAGUCAGAGCGAUCGACACCAUCAACUCCACAAAGCUCAAAUCUGCCUCCAAGCACGGCUACUACGGGACCAGAUGUCACUUCGCCGCCUCCUGACGUGGAUGUAAAGUUAAAAGUACCAACUCCAACAAAGGUGGAAGAAGGCAACGAUAGUGGUAGUAAUUGUCAGAAACUUGAUUCUCCCAGCUCAUCCACUGUACAGACUGCUACUGUAGCUGCUUCCAGCUCCAACAUUAAUCCGUCCACGACUGAUAAAGUUGUCAAAACGGAAUUCUCUACUGAGUCUCGAUCGAAUGUUUCGUGCUCAUCACCCUCUAAUGAAAUUAUUCGUGAUUUAAAGGAACAGUUAAAGCGUUCGCAAGAAUCACAAAAAGAAAUGUCUGUUCUCCUGAACAUGUAUAAAGUUAUUCCUAAAGAUCAAAGAGAUAAAGCAGCACUUCUUCAGUGUGAAGCAAAACUUCGGGCUGAGCUUUCUGAUGCUAAGAGUGAGAUUGAUAAGCUUAACAGUACAAUUCGAGAACUGCAAACACAAGUGAAGAUACAGCAACAACGAAAGCAAUCGUUAACCUCUCCAGUUGAAACCUCACUGAAAAUGUCUCCUGCCGAACGCGGUUCUACCAGCCUUGGAAAUAUUCCUUCAUCUCUUUCUAAACCAUCUAAAGUUGGACUUAUUUCACCAGAUGAAAAAAACACAAAUUUGGCAGGAACCCUACAGUGUGGAAAACCUAAGGUUUCCGCUUCUGACUGGCAGAUAUCUGAACUACAAAUGGAGCUAUAUUUGAUAAAACGUAAAAGUCAGAACAUUGAAGAACAGUUAAAACUGCAUCAGCAAAGACUUGCAGCAGCCAAGCAACAAGAAGAUGUAUUACUGAAGGAAAUGGAGAUAACUGUUCAAGCUUUUGAAGAUGCACAGGAACAGAAUGUUCGUCUUGUCAAAACAUUGAGAGAGAAAGACGAUGCUCAUUUGAAGUUGAUGGCAGAACGAAUGAAAGCUGCUCAGCUUGCACGUUUAUUGAAGGAAGACAAACAACUUUUAGAAGAACAGAUACGUCUUAUGCAGGCUAAAAUUGAGGCGCUCAACAGAGCAGUUCUUAAACAAGAGGAGAAAGUAAGUUGUCUUGUUUUUUCAUUUACUUAAUGUUUCAAAUUAAGAAUUUUUAAAAUCAUUGUGGUUUGAAUUAGAUUUUUGCGGCGGUUUCAGUCUUUAGCAUUUCGUUAUGUUCAUUUCACCAGAGCUAAACAAGUUUAUCUAUUUUUGUAUUGUGAUAUUCUGAUCACUCCUAGUUCUUCCGCUGAAUGAGUGUGGUGGAUCUGUCUACCAAUGUAUUAUGUCACAUUUUUAAGUUUCAUUUUUAUACACUUAUUAGUCAUCAUGUGUCAUUCAUGUUUGAUUUAAACAGGGAUUCUUUUAUGUUGUUCUAAUAUUCCUGUUUAUAUUACCAUUGAUAGGAACGUUUAUUGUUAACUAAUCUGGCAACCUUAGAAAAAGAAGCAUCAGCUAGACAAAAGUCUCAAGAGGCCUAUAAACGUAAGGCCUUGGAAAGUCAACAAAUUUCCGAAGAUUUAAGAGUCACUGUUCAAAAGUAUCAGAGUCAACUUAAAGAUGCUCAAACUACUGUUCAAGAAAAAGCUUCCGCAUAUGAACGUGUUUCUUUCGGUCAUCAACGCUUACAAGAAGAACUUGUUACUGUGCGGCGAAAAUAUGAAAGGUUGCGCAAAAUUGAACAAUCGCAUAACGCCGAUGAAUUUCUGUUGGCUGAAAUACAAGAUUAUAAAGAACAACUGACUUGCCCAACAUGUAAAAUCAAUAGAAAAGAUGCCAUACUGACAAAAUGCUUCCAUGUUUUCUGUUUGAAUUGUCUAAAAGUUCGUUAUGAAACACGUAAUCGAAAAUGUCCUAAAUGCAAUGCUACAUUCGGUGCUAAUGACUAUCAUCGCAUUUACUUAACUUGAUGCAUUCAAGUCAAAUUGUGUAUAUCCUGUAUGUUCUGAAAACCACUUCAUUUGAAUAUGAUGUGUACACUUCAGAAAUGUAUAUAGUUUAAAACAUAACAAUAAUUUUAUUUAGUUUUGUACAUACUUUUCUUUCUAAUAAAUAAAUAGCUUGAUUUGUAUAAAUUCUCUUACAAUCCUUUUGUUUCAUUGUACUUUUAUGUACUAGUAGACCGUAUAACUAUUUCAAGCUAAU